UAUUUACGUGUGUUUUAUGGGGACUUACGGGAAAGAAUUUAUUCGGAAAAUUUCGUAAAGUUAGGACUGACUUGACAGUUUUAUAGUACUCAUGAAAGUCUAUAAACAUGUCGAUGCUAGUCUUUAGGGUCGUGACGUCGUGUGGACUUGAAGUAGUCUUGAAGAUGGAGGCAGUAUGUUCCUCCAAAACCUUGGUUCUACCGACAAGUACAUAAGUCAUUACAACCCAGAAGAUUAACAAUGCCGAGGUCAAGAAUGAGUAGGAGCUAUACCUCCCCCCCCAAAUGACGUACAUGGCGUGUAGUGGGACGGCUUUAGUUUUAAUUGUUUUUAAAAGAGCUUCAUUCAGAAAGUAGUCAGUGUAUUAGGCCCCACAGAGGGGUAAAUAAAAUAAAAAUUUAUAUUAAUUUUACAGGAAUCUUUGGAUAAUUUAUAUUGAUAUUCAUUUACAAUGUUGUUCUGUUUUUGUUUAUUUUGGGGCAGAGUACCUGGACAUGCCAGUCUUCACACAGCGGACUAUCAUCACGGCUCAGCCACUACCAGACGUAAACCGGAAUCGGCGGCUGAUCCCAAUCUCAACACAGGACUGGCGUUCAACGACCGCGAGUCACAUGGUUCCACCUUCCGGCUUGGACUUCCUUAGAGGCGUCAAUGAAGUCAACAUCCAGCAGACAGUUGAACUUGUCGACAUACUGGCAUACGUGGAGUCGGAGAACAGGUUUGAAGUGAAGGUACCGCAGGGCGAGACACUGUACAUAGCAGCAGAGAGUUCAAGCCAAACACAACGCAUGUGUUGCGCCUCAAACCGAGGCUUCGAGAUGCGGCUAUAUGACCAGAGUCGACAGGAAGCCAUCAGACUUAACAGGAAGCUGGCUUGUAGCAGCUGGCUCUUUGGUUGUUGCCUUCAGGAGCUAGAAGUAUAUUCUGAUGUAGAUCUUUACACAGGCAGCGUGAUACAGGAAUGGACCAUCGCAGCCCCCUUGUUUCAGCUGAGAAACUCUAGCGGACAAAUUAUUUAUCGCAUGACAGGUCCCUCAUCAGCCACGACCUGCUGUGGAAGCAAUUACCAGGCUAAAUUUGAUAUUCUGUCUCCUGACUGUACAAAUAAUGUGGGAAGUAUCGUCCACGCCUGGGACAGCUUGUUUUCUGGGUACAACCUGGCCGUGACAUUUCCGACCAUCGAGGUAACGAGCGAGAUGAAGGCCGUCAUACUCGGAGCCGCGUUUCUUCUGGAGUACAUGUACUUCGAGACAUCAAAGAGAAGAGGACUCGCGUCUGCAUUAACGUGCGGGAGUUGCUGAGAUGAAUGCAGAAAUUUAUUGUUAUUCUUUGUAUUUAUUUACUAAUUUCCUCGACAUAUUCUGCUACAAAGUAUUUAACAUCUGCCGAGGAAAUUAUUAUUUCCUGCUUAUGAUAUAUGUGACGGCAGCAGUAAUAGUAAUAAUACUACUACUAAAUACAUAAAUGUUCAAAGUGCACUUAUCAAAUACCAGGAAUCAUAGUCGCAGACUUGUCCAAAAUAUUAUUUAAGUUGCUUGAAGUCUAACGACUGUGACAGUAGUUGAGAAAGACCUUGAUCAUGAUUUGUGUGUUAACAUGGCAAUCGCAACAGCUGUUUUUCCUGACGAUUGCCGUCCUCUGAGUUCUUGCGUCAUGUAAUCCGUUAGGCGGACGCAACAACCCAGAAGACGACAGUCUUCAGACUCACCGCUGUGAAAACCUCAAAUCCUACAGCUGUUUUUCCUGACGAUUGCCGUCCUCUGAGUUCUUGCGUCAUGUAAUCCGCUAGGCGGACGCAACAACCCAGGAGACGGCACGCUUCAGACUCACCGCUGUGAAAACCUCAGAUCCUACAGCUGUUUUUCCUGUUUAUUAUAUUCAAUAAUAUAAUAAUUUUCAUUGCAUCUCAAUCAUAUGAGUGAUUUGAAAGAGUUAUGCCUAUGUAAUCCAUUCUGAUGUUUUUAAUAGUGUUGUAUUUGUUGUAUAUUUGAAACUCUUCUUGUCAUUUGCCUAUUUUACUAUACUGAAUUCAUUUUAAGAGGAGGUAAGUAAAACGAGGAAUUAUUUUACUCUGUUUGAUGCUAAUUUUGCAGAAUGUGCUCUAUAUAAAAGUUAAAUUACAAAGCUCUGUCUCAAAGUUGAAGAAAAAUUUAUGAAAGACAGCUGACAACCUCAGCAGCGAGAAUUUCCACAUUUCGUAUGUUUUUAAACUCGGUUAAGUCUCAGAUUAUUUUAAAGUGUUCAGCUGUAUUCACAUACAGAAUUGACUACUGAACUUUGGUUUGGCUAUCCAUCUGUCUGACACAUUAACAGCUCAGUGAUGUUAUUAUUCUUUCUUAGUGGGUUACUUAAGAAAAGUAUGUAUGACUUGAAUAUAUAAACAUGCAUGCAGUGUGUACAUUUUCUAAUUUGCAUAACACUGUAGUGUAUAUAAAAGCAUCACCAUUAUUCAUUGCAUUAAAGUUGUGAUAUAGUGUUCUGAAGUAUAACCAUAAGAAUACCCAUAUAGUUUUCUGACAUAAAAAUUUUCAGGUUGACAGAAAUGCAAGAGUUUAUAAUUUAAAUAAGCCUGUUCCAAAAUAGUGGGUAAAAAUAAGAGGAAUUUUUUGGAACCA